AUGUCCAGAUUCACUGCAAUUUUCAUACUUCUCACGUUACUUGCUGUGCAAGGCUUUAAUCCAAGCUUGUGUGACGAUGAAGACAACGAGAUUGGAAGCUGCAUUUUGACACAUAAUGUAACUGUUUCUGGAGAUGGAAGUGGAGACUUCAAGACAAUCUCAGAAGCUGUGGCGUCAGUGCCAAACAACAACAAAAUCCGAUUCAACAUCUUCGUUAAAGAAGGUGUUUAUUACGAGAAUGUCUUAGUUCCAAAGAAAAAGGACAAUGUGUUGAUCUAUGGAGAGGGUAUGGCAAAGACAGUGAUCUCCAGCAAUCUAAGCAGGUUGGAGUUUCCAAAAUCCACUACUGCUUCCACAGCAACAUUCUCUGUUUUUGCUGACAACUUUAUAGCUCGAGACAUCAAAUUUGUUAAUACUGCUGGACCAGAGAAGUUCCAGGCUGUUGCAUUCCACUCGAAAUCCAACCACUCUGCCAUGUUUAGAUGUGCAUUUUUUGGCUACCAAGAUACUCUCUAUGCCCACGUAGGGGAGCAGCUUUAUAGAGAAUGUGAAAUUGUUGGUACAGUGGAUUUUAUCUUCGGGAACGCCGCAGCCGUGUUCGAUAUGUGCUCCAUCCGUGCAAGAAAACCUCUUAUGCAACAAGUUGUGACGGUUACAGCUCAGGGGGCGGAUAACCAGGAGAAAUCUGGUUUCUCCAUCAUAAGGAGCAAGAUCUUGAGGUUCGAAGACGAAGAGUUCACGGCUGUUGCGUAUUUAGGUCGGCCUUGGAACAGCCACGCCACAGUGGUGAUUAUGGAAACAGAACUUGGGAGCUUGAUUGAUCCCAAAGGGUGGGUUGCAUGGAACAGCUCGGCAGAUCCUCCACCUCCAACGGUGAACCUUGGUGAAUUUCGAAACUAUGGCCCCGGUUCAGACGUGAGAAACCGGGUCACCUGGGUUGGGUAUAACCCGGUGAUGGCGGAGGAGGAUGCACAAAGGUUUACCAUUGAUGGAUUCAUUAACAAACUGGGAUGGCUAAAUGUGUCUUGUGUUCCUUAUAAUGGGUCUCUGUAA